UUUGGCCUGCAGCCGCUGAGAGAUAUCUCGGGGUUCCCCACGCACCAUCAAGCACAAGCUCAAACUACAUCAUUAGCCUCUGCGCGAUUGUCAGAUGGGAGACUGGGCGGCGGUGCGAAUUGGAGCUUUAAUCUACCUGUUAGUGGAACAUCUGGCCUACCGGGCAAUCAACAACGCACAAUGGGGACCAUGGGAAGUUUCGCGCAAAGUCUUGGAGGAUCUCAAUCUGCGGCGCCACUUGAUCUCUCGGAGUUCCCUUCGCUAUCAGGAGCAUCACAGCAAUCACAGUCACAAACUCCUGGUCAGCUAAUGUGGGCCAACGCAAGUCAACGUGCUGCUCAGCAAACACCUGUCCAAAGACAACAGCUUCCCCCGACCUCGCAAACCCCCUCCCGUUCCUCCCAACCUCAGGGUCUUCCCACAUCUCAACAAUCUCAACCACCGCAUGAUGACAUGUUUCCUUCUGGUACACAGUUUGCCAAUCGACUUGACGACUUUAGAAAUGGUGGCCAGGGUAUUAGUAGCCAACUCGGUGCGGGUGGCCAACCUCAGACAGGCAAUAUUGAAGAGUUUCCCCCUUUGGGUCGCAAUGCUGCUGCUGAGCUUCCUCUCGGUCGAACUGGUUCGUUGAUGCAAGGUGCAGCUUUUGGGGGCUAUGGAACUGGUUUGGGAACAUCGCGGUCACCAGUCAGCCAAGUGCCCAAUGGCAUCUUGGGGCAAGAGAAAGAAGACUUGAACAAUGGUGUACUUCCAGGGCAGCGUAACUUUAGCGAUCCACAGCUACAGCAAAGGCAGCCAGAAAGUAGCGAUGGACACGAUGUCUCAAAUGCACCUCAGAGCAGUGAGCAACCGCCCCUCGCACAGAUGAGUGAACUUGACAGGUUCGGGUUGGCGGGUCUGCUGCGCAUGAUUCACAGCGAGAGUCCUGAUGUUGCAAGUCUCGCCGUUGGUCAAGAUCUGAUGACACUAGGAUUGGAUCUGAACCAGGCAGAGCCUUUGCACACAUCGUUUGCAUCACCAUUCGUGUCAUCAAUGUCAGCCGUCCCUUUGGAACAAGAUUUCUCUUUACCGGGUUGUUAUAAUGUCGCCAAUAUUCAACCCCUUCAGUCUCGUAUCCCUGGGUUCAGUGAUGAGACACUCUUUUUCAUCUUCUAUAGCAUGCCUCGGGAUAUCAUGCAGGAGCUGGUGGCCGAGGAAUUGAUGGGCCGCAAAUGGCGGUACCACAAGCUUGAACGGUGCUGGCUGACUCGUGAUGAGACAUAUCCUGGACCGGUUGAUGUGGAGCGUGGUGUAACGGAACGUGGCGUGUAUCUUUUGUGGGAUUCUUCGGCCUGGAAGAAGGUCCGACGUGAAUUCAUUCUUCGAUAUGAAGAUUUGGACAAUCGGUUGGAUCCUAACCGAGGCCCUGCCCGUCCACCUGGUGUGGUGCAUCACGCCUCAUGA